AUGGCUGGACGUCCGACAAUUAGGCCAGUUUCUCCCUUCCAACCGGAUAAAGACGCAGAACGUUUACGACAGGCUAUGAGAGGAUUAGGAACAGAUGAGGCUAAAAUAAUAAACAUUCUUGUGAAUAGGUCCGCCGUUCAGCGUAAGACCAUUGCAAGCCGAUACCUAGCGUUGUUUGGCAAGUACCUUGAGAAAGACCUAAAGAGUGAACUGACGGGUAAUUUUGAGGACAUCGUUCUUGCCUCAUUACGAGAGGUUCCGGAGAUGAACGCGCAUGCCCUCCGCAAAGCCAUGAAGUUCCCUGGCACAACCGAGCGGGUUCUUAUUCAAGUGAUCUCAACAGCCUCGAAUGCGGAGAUUCUGGAUAUCAAACGUGCCUAUCAAACUGAACGUGAUUUGGAAAAGGAUAUUGUUAGCGAAACCAGCGGGGAUUUCCAAAGAAUUUUGGUUGCAAUGCUGCAGGCUCAGAGAGAUGAAAAUCCACAAUUUAACUCGCAGCAGGCCGAAAUGGAUUGCGAUGCUCUGUACCAGUGUGGCGAGGGUCGCCGUGGAACGGAGGAAGCUAAAUUUACGCAAAUUUUUUCACAAAGAAGCUUCCCACAUAUCAAGGAAAUUGCCAAGGUCUACGCUACUAGAUACAAGAAAACACUUAUUGAUGCAAUCAAGAGUGAAACUUCAGGCAGUUACCGCGAUACUUUGUUGUCUAUUGUUGCUUUUGCGGAAGAUCGGCAUGCGCUUUUUGCGAAGUGGCUGCAGGAAUCAAUGGCCGGAUUGGGGACACGGGAUGACGACCUCAUUCGCCUGGUCUUGGCAAGAGCUGAGGUAACCUCUCUCUCUCAGAUAAAUUUUCUUUCAAUCUGA